GUGAAAGUUGCUCGUUCAAAUUUCGCGCUGGUUACCCCGCCUGUACAGGGAUUAGCCGGCUAGCCCGUUAGCCAGCCAUGUCACUGUAAGAUGGGACAGUAACACGAAGUUAAGUAAGGUGGGAAGUCUCCUGUUUGCUAAAUGUUUGCACUGAGUUUCCAUAGACCUUUUUAAAAAUGGAGGUGACAGACAUCGGAAACAAAGAAGAAGGGAAAGUCUGGCAUCGAAAACCAACCCCAGGCAAAGGUGUGUUAGUGACGGUGGUCCGCACUACUCAGCAGGCCAAGACGGUGCGUUUCCUCCAUGUGGCAUUUGACACCACAGGAGAUUCCUUCCUGGCUGGAGAUCACCAUGGCAACAUCUAUGUCUUUGACAUCAGUAGAAACAGAUUUCGUCUGGUGCAGAAGACUGGGCAGGCCUGCACUGCUCUGGCUUUCAGCCUCCGCAGGACCACAGAGUUCCUUGUGGCCCUGGCUGACUACACCAUCAAGUGCUUUGACAAGGACACAAAGCAGCUGGUCAGUUGGAUGCGAGGUCACGAGGGAGCAGUUUCAUCCAUUUCUGUCCACAGCUCAGGCCGCUACGCCAUCACCACGUCCUCAGACACGGCUCAGCUCUGGGAUCUGGACAGCUUCCAGAGGAAGAGGAAGCUGAACAUCAGGCAGUCUGUUGGCAUACAGAGGGUGUUUUUCCUUCCUCUCAGUAACACCAUCCUCAGCUGUUUCAGUGAUGACUCCAUCUUUGCUUGGGAGAGUGACACACUGUUCUGCAAAUACCAGCUCCCUGUUCCUGACUCCGGACCUAAAAUCUCCUACAAGGCCUUUGCCGUCACACGUGAUGGUAAGAGUCUUGCAGCAGGUGGGCGCUCCAACCUGAUGCACCUGUGGUGUCUGGACAGCAAACAGCUGCUCAGAGUGAUUCAGAUGCCCACGCAAGUCCGAACCGUCAGACAGCUGGAGUUUCUGCCCGACAGCUUUGAUGGAGGAGCGAGCCAGACACUAGGUGUGUUGAGUCAGGAUGGUGUGAUGCGUUUCAUCAACAUCCACACCUGCAAGCUGCUUUUCCACAUGGGUUCCCAUGAUGACGCCAUCACAGGAGUGGCAGUCAGCCCUAAUGGCAGACAUGUUGUGGCCAUCAUGGAUAACGGCAGCAUCAAUAUCUACAGUGUCCAGAGUCUCACACAGGAAUUAAACAAGCCUCCUCCCUCCCAGGUGGCAGUAGUCUCAGGUGGUGAUGCUAAUCAGGAAUUGUCUAACCUAAAGGUCAAGGUCAGAUCUGAGGUUGUUCAAAGACCAGUCAUGAGCUCGGGUAGAAGACAAGUGAAGAUACUUAGACCCCCUGCUGUGUGUGCAGCUGAUGAUAAAGAGAAUGAACUACCAGCUGGUCUGAAUAAGAAGAGGCUGGUGGCUCUGCUGAAGGCCUUUGGAGAAUAUCCUGCCAAAUACAGGAUGUUUGUGUGGCGGUCUUUGCUGUGUCUCCCAGAGAACCAUGCAGCAUACAGCAGUCUGACUGAUAAAGGCCUGCACUCAGCCUACCUCACUCUGCAUGAUAAAUACCCCAUCAAAAGUCACAAGUUACAGAGAGGGCUUCAGAGGGUUUUGUCUGCAUUAGCUCACUGGGCAGCCAUCUUUGGAGAGCUGGACUACCUUCCCCUGGUGGCCUUCCCCUUUGUCAAGCUCUUCCAGAACAACCCGAUGCUCUGCUUUGAGGUGGUGGCAACUGUCAUAGUGAACUGGUGCCAGCACUGGUUUGAGUACUUCCCCAACCCUCCUCUGAACAUCCUGAGCGCGGCAGAGAAUGUUCUGGCUCAUCACGACAAGGAGCUGCUGCAACACCUGAUGGACUGUGGCAUCACUUCACAGCUCUAUGUGUGGCCCCUGCUGGAGACCCUGUUCUCAGAGGUGUUGACUCGUGAUGAGUGGCUUCGGCUCUUUGACAAUAUUUUCUCCAACCAUCCUUCAUUCCUGAUCAUGGCCUGUGUGGCCUAUAUCACCUGCUGCCGCGAGCCUCUGCUGCUCUGCUCCCAGAAACAGGAUUUUGAGUAUUUUUUUCACCAUCGUAACAACCUGGACGUGGCAGCCAUGAUAAAGGAGGCCUACCGGCUGCUGAGCAGCACGCCUGCAGACAUCCAUCCCAGGACUAUUCUGUCUGACUUUACCCCACUGACCACGGGCCAGUACCCUGUGUUCAACCACUACCCAGAAUUCAUAGUGGAAUAUCAGAGCCGGGAGAGGGAGAAGAUACGAUUGCAGGAGAUGGAGUAUCUCCAUGAGAGGCAGGAGGUAUCAGCGCAUCGUAAAGAUUUUGUGCGUCGUCAAGCUGAAGAGGAGGCCUACUACACUCAACAGGAGCUGCUGCAGAAGGCGGAGGAACAGCGCAGAAACAUCCUGGCACAAGAAGAAGAAAAACUAACACAGCAGAGAGCAAAGUUGGCAGCCAUGAAGAGAGAACUGAAGGUGAAGGAGUUACAGCUACUGGACGCAACUAGAAGACGCUUCCUCAAACACCAACAAGACCUGAGAGCCUCACAGAUACAAAGACUAGACCAGGAGAUCAGUAGAAAGAUGGAUCUGCGGGAGCGAGAAACAGCUGCAGCAGUCCAGGACCUGGAGGUCAGACAGAUGGAGCUAGAGGCUCAGAGGAGGCGACUUGAACAGCACCUGCUGAAGGAGCAGGAGCGGAUGGGACGGGACGUUGAGGAAGAGGUGGAGAUGAGGAUGAGGAAGGCAGAAAGAGAGGAGGAGAGCUACACAGAGCUGCUGCACAGCACAGAGACAAACAUGCAGAUCCUGGAGGAAUCCCUGGCGGAGGCGUGCCAGCUGGGCCUGGAGUCAGACUGGCAGAGAGAGGUGGCGGAGCGCCUGCAGCAGGUCGACGCCGAGCAGGAGAGGAAGAGGGAGAGACUGGCAGAGCUUCACAGGCAAACCCUGGCAGAGGAGGAGAGAUUGGCUGACACCAUGAGAGAUGUGGCAGGAAGAAAGGUGAGAACAACAAGAUGGGAUGAAGUGAUGAGUAGCAGAGCCCAGUUACAGGAGCAGCGACAGGCCUGGUCUUCAGCAGUCACAGAUGGCCAGAAACAAACGAGGAUGAGGUCACCGGGUUUGAGCAGAGGACUUCCUCAAAGACUGGGCACCGCCACUGCAGUUCAUGUAGGAACCAGCGGUGUUGGUCUAGCAAUCAAACAAGACACUGCCACCACUCCAAGGCAGGCAGGAAGCAACAUGGUGUGUCUGAACAGCAGUUCACCUUCUGAGAGCACCUCCACCAACUUCUCCCUAGACCGAGGCCGGGCCCAGCUGGACAGCAGCGAGAGAGAGCUGCUUAAGGAAAUCAGAGAACUGCGACAGAAGCUGGCGGCCAGAGCCAGAGAGGGCAGCUCUGCCUCCUCACAGUCUGUCCACAUGCUGUCCUCUGUCUCCCAGUGACCACAAACUGCUCUCCAUCUUCACAGUGUCACAAAAACAUAUUCUCAUCUCAAGCGAGCUAGAACGGCAGAAACAAUGACUCAAGCUGAGAGCUGAACUGGCGAGCUGCUAUUAGUUUGCCCAUUCAAACAAGUUGAAUAUCAUCGACCACUAUCUCUUGAAAACCAGUCUAUUACAUUAAAACCAGUACACCUCUGAAUUUAAUAUCACACCACCUACUAUUUAAUAUUCAUUUGCAUAUAUUCAUGGUCUUCAUUGACAUUUAUAUGGAUAAUGACUCACACAGUUUUUUCAUUUACA